AUGGGCGCCAGCGAUUCCAAGCUAGUCUUCAAGAAGGGCAUCUUCAGACUAUCAGAAGAGCGACAUAUACCUGCUGAUGACCCUUAUUGGACCUCUUUCUGGGAGCUACCCGAAUCCUCAGAGGACAUCUUUAGUCUUUUUGCGCCUGCAGACAUUCGUCGGACUCGCGAUAGAGCGAUUGAGAAUCUAGAAACCCUCAUACUUGCCGUAACCUCUCGCCUUUUUAUAUUGCGACAUCAUCCUUCCUUCCCCGAUCCCGAAUUCGCACCCGAGCGCGAUGCCCUGAACUGCAUCCGCAUCCUCACCCGUGUCCUGCCCUACCUGUAUGAAGUAGACCACCUGCAAGGCUGGGAAGAUAAGUUCUUCUGGGGUACUAGGCGGAAACGAACGAGACGAGCUACUAUCGCGAACGAAGUCAUUUUCGAUGAAGCGCAGGAAGAAGCGAAACCACCCUCUGACGAGUUCGAGGACGCGAAGCCCCUAGCAGAGGAGCUUAUCGACACUCUAAUCGACCUCCUUUUCUUCUCCGACCUAACCGUUCCGAAGCAGCCCCAUGGCAAACCAAAAGUCACCUAUGCCAUUUGGCAGAGCGGCGUGGGCUGCAACACCGCCGUGCCUACGACAAAGGAGUACGAAAGUAACCGAUGCGAGAUUCUACGCCUCCUCCUAACCCUAGCAGGCCAGAGCAUGUACAUAUCGCCCAAUAUACUACCAACUAGAGGUGCCAAGUCCUUGACAUAUAUCUGUACAUGCCCGGAUAAACAAAUCGUCUUAUCGGUCUUGUGCUCUUUGCUGAACACUACUCUAAAAUACAACCCGGCAAGUUGGCGUGUACCUUAUAACACCCUCAUGUUCAAGGAUCCCAAGGAGAUCCUCAUCGCCUAUACCCUACAAUUCCUGCUUGUCAUCCUUCUUUAUCCAAUACCCGAGCCCAUCACCGGCUCUGCGCCUAAGAAUUACUACCGUCAUUUCCUCGGAAGACUACAUCGUCCUCAAGAUUUCCAAUUCAUUGUUGAUGGUAUGACGCGGAUACUCAAUCAACCUAUCCAGGCCAAUAUCUCGUAUAUUCCCGGAGCCCAGACCGCGACUAGAUUUUCUCCCGAGAUAAUAAUGCUCUUCUGGGAGAUCACCCAAUGCAACAAACGAUUUAGAUCUUUUAUGAUCGAUACGCAAAGAGCCCAUGACUUUGUCAUUCUCCUUCUUUUCUACGCCACCGAAUAUAAGGCCGAUGCCUCAAAGCAAGGUGUGGUCCGAAUGUGCGCGUUCUUGCUACAGACGUUGAGUGUUGAGAAAAACUUUGGCGUCAAUCUUAACAAGAACUUCGAAGGACAGGAAACAUUACCAGUUGUCAUUCGAAUCCCCGGGUUCAAAGGCACAUAUGCCGACUACUUGAUACAAUCGAUAUACAACCUUAUAACAAGAAGCCAGGGCAAGCUUUCUGCUAUAUACCCGGCGCUACUUGCUGUGAUUAACAAUAUAUCUGCUUACCUGGAAGGCAUCAACGGCACGACAGGUUCAAAACUACUGCAGCUAUUCUCCUCGAUGUCUUCUCCCUCAUUUCUUCUUGCCAAUGACAGCAAUCAUAAUCUCCUGGCGUCCCUCCUAGAGUCUAUAAAUGCUUUAAUUGAGCAUCAAUACAAGAAGAAUCCUCACUUUAUCUACCUAAUACUAAAGAACAGGAAACGCUUUGAGGCGUUACGAAGUUUCACGCUCGAGAAUGGCCAAGAGGAACUCGAGCGAAGGAACCGUAGAAGAAAAGAAGCCGGACAGUCCCUGGACCCAUUAGAUGCAAGUUCCCGACGAAGCUCCGUCGACAGUUUACGCAGCCCUGUUACGACGCAACCGAGAACGCCAACGCUAAGCAAUGUACCCGAGGAAGAUGCGACGUUUGCUAUCGGUGACGCCGAGGACGAUAGUGAUGAAGAAGACGAUAGCCGCCCAACGCCAGCACAAUCCAGCCCGAGCGAGAAUCCUUCUCGAGCCUCAUCCGUCGCUGACGUGGAAGAUGCAGUACCAACGCAAUUAAGGGGCAUGUCAGAGAAAGCUAGGGGCAAAAUGCCCGCUGGGGUACCAACAUUCUCCCGGCAGAAUAGCGUGACCAGUCUCGGCAGCUAUUCGGGAGCCGGCCAAUCCGCGCCUGGUGUUUUCGAACCUUCGGCGGAAUGGAUUGAGAGUUGGCUACCCGAACUUCCUCUCCAUACGAUACUAACCGUCAUCCAACAGCUGACGGUAUUAAUUAACCGACAAGGACUCACGGCAGAGGUACCGUCGUCCGCAACCCUGAAGGCCAUUCAAGAGGCGGACUUAGUCGGUAUAGAGCCUUCCCCGGUCAGGGUUCAUUCAUUUGAAUGGUCGCCCCUUGCUCUGGGUUGGUAUGAAUCGCUGAUCUGGAGCUUCGUUUUCGCAAGCGAGAUGCAGGUAUCGAAGGGCACCGUUGGCGUGUGGAACGGAACGGCAAUCAAGUUGUUCAAAGUGCAGGAGACGGCCGCUCAGGGACCGACCUUAACAUCUCCCCGAGGAGCGGUAGAUGCCGUCGGGAACAAUAUUGUGUCGAGGAUCGGGUCUAUCAAUCUGCGAGGCGCGCCAGCAUCGCCGGCGUCCCCCGGACUACCGCCCCAGCGCCACGUACAGCCGUCAACAAGAUGAUAGUAGUAGAGAGCAGACCAGCUUAACUAUGUUAUGUACCGUAAAGCAACCAGAUUUCUAUCUAUACUCUACGACCAUGUGACCUAGAGGAUUGGUUUAGCGUUUAAUUCAUGUCAGUUCUCUGGAAAGGAAUUCAAUAUAAAGCCUAUUAAACCCUGGAUCGUUUUAAGCCCCUCUGAUAUCCUGAUAAAAUACUAUAUUUUAGUACGUUUCGUCGAAUACCUAGUUUGGAGUUAGGUAUCUGUAUAAUACCUCAACUUAGCCAAGUACCUAAAGAGGUAUUCAUCAGUAAGCAGCGGCCGUAGUAUCUAUUCCCUGCCUUUCAUAUUCAUAACAAAGACAUCUUAACAACGUAACUUUAUGUAACGGAACUGUAGCUUUUGGUACCCCGUGGGGAAACAACAC